UGUACGCAUUUGACAUCUCUAGUGCAUGCGCAGUAAGCACGCGACCGGCGCGAAAUAUACACGCGCGGGAAUUUAAAAACGGAACGUUAAAUACGAGCGGUGUUUUGUGUAAAAGAGAAUAAUUUUUAUUUUUAUUUCUUUUUUUUGGACUAUUGUGUUUUUUAAGCUGGGAGCUGAGGGAGUUUUAAAAGAUGGCGAUAACAUGUGACUGCCCGAUGAUGCAGCCGGGCCCGACGCUGGCAUCCACCUGCGGAGGAGGCGCCUUCAUGCUGUUCAUGGGACUGCUCGAAGUGUUCCUCAGGAGUCAGUGCGAUCUUGAAGACCCGUGUGGAAGAGCUCAGUACCGUCGCCAUAUGGACUCGGUGUACGACUUCAUAGUGGUGGGAGGAGGGUCGGCAGGCUCCGUGGUGGCUGCAAGACUGUCUGAGGUGCCGGAGUGGAGAGUACUACUGCUGGAAGCUGGGUUUGACGAGCCGACCGGUGCGCAAGUGCCGUCAAUGUUCCUGAACUUCAUCGGGUCGAGCAUCGACUGGGGCUACCAGACGGAGCCCGAGCCAGCUGCUUGUCUCGGGGAAACUGAUCGCAAAUGCUACUGGCCUCGAGGAAAGGUCCUCGGCGGUACUUCAGUCAUGAACGGCAUGAUGUACAUGCGCGGCUCCCGUAAGGACUACGACAGCUGGGCAGCAGCCGGUAAUGAAGGCUGGUCCUAUGAAGAAGUACUGCCUUACUUCUUGAAGUCAGAAGACAAUAAGCAGAUGAAUGACAUGGACCAGGGGUACCACGCCACUGGAGGACCCCUCACAGUCGCUCAGUUCCCAUACCAUCCACCUCUAAGUUACAGUUUGGUGAAAGCUGGAGAAGAAUUGGGUUACAAACAACGUGAUCUGAACGGCAUCCACCACACUGGCUUCUCAAUCGCUCAAACCACCAACCGCAAUGGCUCUCGGCUGAGUGUAGCCCGCGCCUUCCUGCGGCCAGCCAAAAACCGCCCCAACCUUCACGUCAUGCUGAACGCUACCGUGACCAGGGUUCUCAUCAACCAGACCACUAGGCAGGCGUACGCUGUCGAAGUCAGGAACAGCUUCGGUGGCACUGAAGUUAUUUUUGCUAACAAUGAGAUUGUUUUAAGUGCUGGUGCAGUAGCCUCUCCUCAAAUCCUGCAGAUGAGCGGUGUGGGUGACCCACAAGUACUGUCCCGAGCUGGCGUGAAGCUGGUACACAACCUGCCCGGAGUGGGCCGCAACCUGCACAACCACGUAGCCCACUUCCUGAACUUCCAAGUCAACGACAACAACACCACGCCCCUUAACUGGGCUACCGCUAUGGAGUACCUGCUCUUCAGAGAUGGGCUAAUGUCAGGAACAGGAAUUUCCGAAGUAACUGCCUUCAUCAACACCAAGUACUCCGACCCUGCUGAGGACAAUCCUGACAUCCAGCUGUUCUUCGGUGGUUUUCUGGCUGACUGCGCCAAAACUGGCAUGGUUGGGGAGAGGCUGGACAAUGGCUCCAGGAGUAUUCAGAUCAUACCCACAGUAUUACAUCCUAAGAGCAGGGGACGGUUGGAGAUCAGAUCUGCUGAUCCGUUUGAAUAUCCCAAGAUUUAUGCCAAUUACCUAACUCACCCAGAUGACGUGAAAACUUUAGUGGAAGGUAUCAAAUUCGCCCUCAAAUUAUCUGAAACUAAAGCCCUGAAGAGGUAUGGAGUGAAACUCGACAAGACUCCUGUGAAAGGAUGCGAGAAAUUCAAGUUCGGUUGUGAUGCGUACUGGGAGUGCGCUGUGAGGAUGCAGACGGCGCCUGAGAAUCACCAGGCUGGCUCCUGCAAGAUGGGACCGAGAGGAGACCCUUCUGCUGUCGUUGAUAACUUGCUGCAGGUUCAAGGCAUAGACAGGUUACGAGUGGCCGACGCGAGUAUAAUGCCGGCCGUGACGUCAGGCAACACCAACGCGCCCGCCAUCAUGAUUGGAGAACGAGUCUCCGACUUCAUCAAGCAGCGCUGGUUAGGAAUAACCAAUGCCCCGUACCCAGUCCCGCACGGCGGCCUGUCCAACGUGCUGCAGGCGAGCGACUCCCAGCCACAGCUCGCGUGGCAGCGGUGGGUGUGACGUCACAACACGCCACAUAUAUAUUAAUGCACACCACUGCCUUUAGUGUACAUAUUUAGUAUUAAGUUACGAUGUCACAAAGUUAAAGCCUAGUUAAAGCAUAGUUUAAUGAAUAAAAAAUAAUACUCAAUCGUCCAGUUAGAGUCAAUUUGGAUAAAAAGUAUAGAGAUAAUUAUUAAUUUAAAAAAAACACAAACCUGUAAAAAUCCUCGAAUUAGAACGCUGUAUAGAUCAAAAGCAUUACCUGAACAAAAUAAGUGCCUAAUAGAAGAAUAUUUUCUGAAAUGGUUUUAUAAAGCGAAUCUACCUAAGUCAUCACAACAUGCAAUAAUGUGACAUCACUUUAGAUAUAACUACUAUAACUUGGAACGCCCUGCGUUGUUGUACAAAUUAGUAUUUAUUUGUAUUUUAAUGCCGUCCCGUCGAUGUAAGCCACACUUGUGCACAAAACAAUUGCACCACUGAAUUAUGACCAAUACUUUGUUAUUGCGUGCAAUACUUUUGUCAGCAAGUGUAUAAUUUAUGAUAGAUUUAUUAUAUAAGUCAUUUUUACAGUAAUAAAAUGUUUUUACAUAAGGUUUGAGUUUAUUUUGUAAAGGAGUAGGGGUUGCCAAAAACACACAAAAAUACAUACAAAAGAAAUUCUUUAUUGCACAGGGAUAUUCAAAAAUACUUAAUUGGAUAUAACAAAUUGAUUUUACACCCAACGCAACGUGUUAUUGGUACAUGAAUACCAGUACAAUACAGCGCCAUACAUAACCUACAAAGCUUGCGAGACAUCAAAACUGUUCGUUUGUUGCUCGCCGAGUGAAGUCGUUGUAUGUUUACUAAAGCUUCAACAAAGUGGGAAAGGAGAGUGCUUUGGUAUAGAAGUGGAAAGGAAACUCGAUCGAUGGCACGACGCCCGCCGCGCGGGGCACUGGCGCGGCUACUGGGUACAUACUCAUAUAUAGCCGCGACACAAACACUCAGAUUCCCCCAUUAACAAAUAAUUUGGUGCACACGAUCGAAUAAAUAAAAUAUCGACUAAACACCAAGGACCACACCACUAGCCCCGGCUCACAUUAAUGUUACCACUACCGGUACAUCGGCAGCCAACAUCGCCAACUCAUAACGUCGCGUUAUAAAAGCUACUUUCAUUAAAUUAUUUCGAAUAAAUGUAAACAAAUUAAUAAAAUGAUUAACUAGGAUCGUGCACACCGGCUCAUAAUAUCAAUAAUAAUAUAUUACUUAAACAUAUACGUCUAAUACUUAUAUAUCGUAUCUCACUAGAAUUUAUUAAGCAUCACGACAUUGUGCCCUAAGCCGUACGAUAAUUACAAAAUCAUAAUUUAUAGCGAGCUGUCUUGAUACUGAAGCUCAUAGUACUGGAGAGUCACAUGUGCGCAAAACAAUAAAAAUGCGCAAUCUUUGCGCAAAUAUUGCGCAUACAAAUAACAAUAUUUCUUUGUUAAAUGUCUAUUCUACUCGCGCACAAAUGACAGGCCAGUGGUCAUAUCGACCGUUUUCGGUUAAAACUAAUCGCAUUAACAUAAAACAGCCAAUAACACGUAUAUAACACUAAAUAGUUUCGCGCUAGAAGAAUAUAUUAUUUUAUUAUUGUGCCCCUCAUGUUUUGUAGCAAAUUGAAACUAAUAUUAUUAUUUUCAUAAGUUGAACAUUCGUUAGCUAUCAUAAGAUGAAGUAAAACUGAGAUAAUAAAGCAUUUGGUACAAAACAUGUGAGGCGAGACUAUCUACAGUAAUAAUAGUAAUUAAAUAGAAAAUAUUCCGUUGAGUAAAAUAUAGCACAUCACGUUUAUUAUUACAUCACAUCAGUCUCCAUGUUACUGCGACACUCCGCCGCCAGUACUCAGGCUUGACAACGCGGCCGUAACGUACGACACUAGACACCGACUAUCUAUACACUGACAAUACUCAUAAGUAUCAAAAUAUUACAAGUAACAUUUGGAGGCCUAUUUCACCAAUACUACAACACGUUUAUGUUAGGUAAACUGGCACAACAAGAGGCCUUAAUCAUACGGUAUACCAGUGUAUAGAAAUGACAUUUCCACCGCACGUUACUCACCAACAAACACUAAGCAAACACGAAUACAACAAAACUUGAAUAACAGAAAACAAUUACAUAUCACACUUGCCCUGACUGACACACUACACUUCAACUGGUUAGUCCACCCAUCAUAUACAGGGACGCGUUGCCAAACUUCAUAUAAUAAAAACAUAAUAAAAAAUAUUAGAGCACCC